CAGCCUGCCCCCCUCCCCAGGCCAGGUCCUGCUCCCUUGGCCAGGACCAGCCCUCUCAGCCAGGCAGAUCCCGGGCUGGGGAGAGAGCGCAGCGUGGUGGUGGCGGGGGAGGAGCAAGAGCAACACGUCAUCUAACAGGUUGGUCGGGCUGAAGGCGUCCCGCCCUCCCGCAGGUAAUGAGCACUGUGCGACAGGUGUUUGCACCUCAGUCCCCAGCCUGCCCUGGCUGCGACAGGAGGCAGCCGCCUGCCGCCCUCCUCCACCCCGAGGCUCACUCGCUCAUCCCUGGGCCCUCCCGCUCCCAGGCCGGGGGGCCACCAUGGCCUGCCAGUCCUGCGUGGUUGGUUUCAGCAGCCUCAGCGGCUGUGAGGUGACCCCAGCGGGCAGCCCCCGGCCUGGAACGUCAGGAUGGGGCAGCUGCGGGCCCCCUGUGCCAGGCUUCAGCUCCCGAAGCCUCACAGGCUGCUGGCCAGCUGGCACCAUCCCGAAGGUGACCGUGAACCCCAGCCUGCUGGUGCCCCUGGACCUCAAAGUGGACCCAGCCAUCCAGCAGCAGAAGAACCAGGAGAAGGAGGAGAUGAAGGUCCUCAAUGACAAAUUUGCCUCCCUGAUUGGCAAGGUACAGGCUCUGGAACAGCGCAACCAGCUGCUGGAGACCCGCUGGAGCUUCCUGCAGGGCCAGGACUCGGGCACCUUCGACCUGGGGCACCACUACGAGGCGUACCAGGGGCGGCUGCAGGAGGAGCUGCGCAAAGUGAGCCAGGAGCGGGGACAGCUAGAGGCCAACCUGCUGCAGGUGCUGGAGAAGGUGGAGGAGUUUCGAAUCAGGUAUGAGGACGAGACCUCCAAGCGUACAGACCUGGAGUUCACCUUUGUCCAGCUGAAGAAGGACCUGGAUGCUGAGUGUCUUCGACGGACUGAACUGGAAACCAAGUUAAAAGGCCUACAGAGCUUCGUGGAGCUGAUGAGAACCAUCUACGAACAGGAGAUGAAGGACCUGGCAGCCCAAGUGAAGGAUGUGUCAGUGACCGUUGGCAUGGACAGUCGCUGCCACAUCGACCUGAGCGGCAUCGUGGAGGAGGUGAAGGCCCAGUAUGACGCCAUCGCAGCCCGCAGCCUGGAGGAGGCCGAGGCGUACUCACGCAGCCAGCUAGAAGAGCAAGCCGCCCGCUCGGCAGAGUUUGGGAACAGCCUCCAGAGCAGCCGCUGCGAGAUCGCUGAUCUCAAUGUGCGCAUCCAGAAGCUCCGGUCCCAGAUCCUCUCUGUCAAGAGCCACUGCCUGAAACUGGAGGAGAACAUCAAGGCAGCCGAGGAGCAGGGAGAGCUGGCCUUCCAGGAUGCCAAGGCCAAGCUGGCUCAACUGGAGGGGGCCCUGCAGCAGGCCAAGCAGGACAUGGCGCGGCAGCUGCGCGAGUACCAGGAGCUGAUGAACACCAAGCUGGCCCUGGACAUCGAGAUCGCCACCUACCGCAAGCUGGUGGAGGGCGAGGAGAGCCGAAUGGACUUGCCCUCAGCCACCGUGGUCAGUGCUGUGCAAUCCAGGCCUAGAGUUGCUGCCUCCAAGUCACUCCACUCCAAGGGCUCCUUCCGGAAGAAGAAGAACCGCAGAGGGCCCGUGAUCAAAAUCACUGAAAUGUCAGAAAAGUACCUCUCCCAGGAGUCUGAGGCCUCAGAUUAAGACAGCUGGACCCCAGGAGUCUCAGGUCACUCCCACUGCAGCAGGUGGGACUUAAGCUGGACUCAAGAAAGCAGCUUGGAGCCUCCAGGUUGGAAGGGGAGAUGAGACCAGGAUGCUGAACAGAAAGGAGAAGGGUUCCAGCCAGARGCGGCCUUCUCGAGGGUUGCCGGGGUGGAGUGGAGCAUCCCCAGCUCCACGCCCUGCCAAUGUCUCACAGUCCCCCUUCCCACCUUCUGGCCACAGGUUUUCCUGGCUGGGUAAACUGGAACUUGGGGUCAGUUUGUGUCCUCCUCCUUGCUCCUCUGAGGCUCCUCCUCCAGUGCAGGGCUCAGGCCCAGGUGCUUCAAGUCCCUUGUCCAGUGCUUGCCCCCAACUCCUCUCUCCAGCCUUGCCUUGCCUUGCCGCCAUCUCAGAACAGAGGCUGCUGCCCUCACCGCCAGCCCAGGCUCUGGGCUGAGCUGAGAGGGCCACUCAGGCCCUAUCUGUAUCUGGAGUCCCUGCAGAGGUGGGAUGCUGAGGACCCCCUGGCUCUCCUGCACUUGGGCUCCCAGACACCUGACAGUAUUAGGGAGUGGAGGGAGGAGGCCCUGGAGGUCAGAGGCCUGAACCCUUUUCUCUCUGGUCCCUCUCAGGAGAGCAUAGGCAGAACUCCCCCACCCCCACCCCCAGCCAUUCCAGAAGCUCUGCUGGCCAUGGCCAGCUUCCUGGGAGCAGAAGCCAGAUGGCAGUCUGACCUGAGGCAGGAGAACUAGACCCUCUCUUCACCUCCCUGUCAUUCCAGGGCUCCCCACAGGGCCUGGGAUCUGAGUUCUCUGCCCCCAGCCCAGUUCUCUCCCACCUCCACCCUGGCUCUGGUGCAAAGGCCCUGGAGACCCGUAGCCCCACCCCUGCCAUGGCUCAUUUCCCAGGAAUCCCACUUCUCGGGUCCCUAUUCUCUCCACUGGGCCAGUCUGGCCCUCCUCUCUUUUGCAUUCCCUGAGGAACCCAGGACACCACACACCUGUGGGCUUCUAGCUCUUUCAUUUUCCCCCCUCUGGAUCCUUCUUCCCCCCUGGACCCUUCUUCUCCCCAUGCCCACUCUGCCUGCCUCCAUCGGGCCAUGAAGGAGGUACAAUCCAGGCAGGUCUGGGAGCCUCUCGGAGUCCUUGAGGUCAGGCUGGGGUGCCCCAAUGACAGUCUUCAAACAGCUCCACCAAAGAGAAAACCGUGCAGCCCACAACAUCUGGGGUGGGCAGGAGCAGCCCGGUUUCUUUCUCUUGGCCUCACCUUUAGGGUUUGCAGGGGACCCUGCCAGCUGCAGCUUCCCACUUCACAAGCCACCUUCUCUCCUCCCCUCCUCUACUCACCCUCACCUCACCUCCUCUUCUAGCCUGCCUCUCCUCUCAUCUCCCAGGACAGGGUGCCUUAGGGUCUCAGCCCCUCCUAGGCCUCAAGGUCCUCCAGGCCUGUGGGGGGCGCUGAUGGUCUUCCAAGCCUGGUCAGCAGGAACUCAGCUAUAUGUACUCAUCCCUGAAGUCCCCAAAGAGGGUGCUCGCUGCUGCUUUCUCUCGGGCUAUUUAUUCGUUUCCAAGGGAGCAAAUCCUCAGUGGGGA